AUGAUAACCGUAGCUAAUACAAUGGCGGGGGAUGAAAAAAAGAUGCACCAUGUCAACGACGAUCCCGAUGUCCAGGCACUUCCGGGAGCUGAAAGCUCGGUGGACGAUGAGAAGAGGGUGCGGAGGAAGAUUGACUGUGUGAUCUUGCCGAUGAUGUGCAUCGUGUAUUUCCUGCAAUAUCUCGAUAAACUAAGCUUGGGAUAUGCCGCUGUCUUCGGGCUUAUUGAAGACCUUGGUCUGCAAGGAUCGCAGUAUUCUUGGUGUACUUCGAUUUUUUACUUCGGGCAACUGGUCGCGGAAGGACCUUUUAUCUAUCUCAUGGGUAGACUUCCAUUGACGCGAUUUAUUGCGCGUUCUCUGGGGCGCAGUAUGCAUGUGUCUGGCAGCUCCAACGAACUUCGCCGGGUUCGCGGCCGUGCGAGCGCCGUCUCACCCGCAUUCGUAACCAUCACAAGCAUCUGGUACAAGAAAGAAGACCAUGCCCUCAGAGUCGGCAUCUGGGGCGGCAUGAACCCCCUAGCCCAGGUCAUCGGCAGUCUACUGAUGUACGGAAUUGGAAAGAUACACCACCCGAGCAUUGAACCAUGGAGGAUUCUGUUUCUUCUAUGCGGGGCAUUGACAUCUGUAUUUGGGGUGGUGUUUUACAUUGCUAUGCCCUCGACGCCGCAGAAGGCUUGGUUCCUAACGCCCCGGGAACGGGAGGUUGUCCUGGAGCGAAUGGAGCGCGAUAGAGAGGGCGGAGACAAAGUCAAGUUCUCAUGGGCGCAGGUCCGAGAGACGCUGUUCGAUACAAAGGCGUGGUUUAUCCUGCUAUUCGGGUUUAUCGCGAGCAUGCCUGGUGCGGUUAUUUUUUUCGGCACAAUCCUCAUCAACGGCCUCAACUACGACAAAUUCCAGACCAUGCUCCUAACCGCCCCCUCCGGCGCAAUCUCCCUGGGCAUGCUCGCUGUCGCCAUGAUCGGCUGCUCCAUCCUCCCCAAAUACCGCUGCUUAGUCCUAAUCCUAGUGACGAUUGUCCCGCUAGUUGGCAACAUCCUUCUCCUCAAGCUUCCACUCUCCGCAACAUGGGGCCUUGUUGCAUCCUCGUGGCUGGCAUCGUGCAAUCCCGGCAUCCUGGUCAUGAUCAUGAGUCUCAGUGCGUCGAAUGUGAAAGGAAAUACAAAGCGCGCGAUUGUGAAUACGUAUUUCUUUAUCGGGCUUUGUGUGGGGUGUAUUGCUGGACCGCAGCUGUGGGAACCUAGUGCUGCGCCGAGGUUCUUGAGCGGAGUUACCAUGGGGCUUUCAUGCUGGUGUGUGUUUAUUUUUCUGGUUGGUUUGUAUUGGGCAUUGUGUCAUUUGGAGAAUAAUAAGAGGGAUAGGGAGCAGGGAGUGGAUUUGGGGCCUGUGACGGCUUAUGCUGGGGAGGAUUUGACGGACAAGGAGGAUGUUCUGUUUCGGUAUAUUUAUUGA